UGCGUCGGAACGAAGCGCACGCGACGACAACCCGAUGAAUAUUAACCGUUAAAAACCGUUUGGAAACUAACCGACGUCCACGCGGGUGUUUGCACCGAACACUGACGGCUGAACAGAAGAACAGUUGGUGUGAAAAGUGCAGCUGUUAACGCCACGUCGACUAAAACAAACAAACUCUGACAGGUGUUUCUCUUUUUUCUCGGAGUUCCCCACCAUGCUGGACCCGUCCUCCAGCGAAGACACGGGCGGGGAGUCCGACCCAGAAGUUGUGCAGGAGGCUCCCAGGAAACAGGCUCCUUCUUCGGGGGGGAAACGUGGAAACAACCGGAGAAACCCCCCUGCACCUGGAGCUGCUGUCCCCGGGAAAGGUGCUCCGAAAGACUGCAACGAUAAAGGUGAAGAGGAGGAGGAGGAGAGGAAGGAGAGGGAGAGGAUCCAGAAGGAGGAAGAGGAGAGGAAGACUAAAGUGCAGAUUUAUGUGUUUGUCCUCCGGUGCAUUGCCUACCCCUUCAACGCCAAGCAGCCCACAGACAUGGCCCGGCGGCAGCAGAAGGUGAACAAGCAGCAGCUGCAGGCGGUGAAGGAGCGUUUCCUGGCCUUCCUCAACGGGGAAACUCAGAUUGUGGCGGAUGAAGCUUUCUGCAACGCUGUGAGGAGCUACUAUGAGGGCUUCCUGAAGAGCGAGCGAGUUUCCCGGAGUCAGAGCGGCGGCUGCUCGGCCAACGACUUCCGCGAGGUCUUCAAGAAGAACAUCGAGCGGCGUCGUCGCAGCCUGCCGGAGAUCGACGGCCUGAGCAAAGAGACGGUGCUGAGCUCCUGGAUCACCAAGUACGACGCCAUCUAUCGCGGAGAGGAGGACGUGCGCCGGCAGCCGCAGCGAGCGCACCUGAGCGCCGUGUCCGAGCUCAUCCUCAGCAAGGAGCAGCUGUACGAGAUGUUCCAGCAGAUCCUCGUCCGCAAGUUCGAGCACCAGCUGCUGUACAACGCCUGCCAGCUGGACAACGUGGACGAGCAGGCGGCUCAGAUCCCAGAGAGCUGGACGGGAAGGCUGCAGCUGGCCGAGAGGAUCGGCAGGGACGUCCGUUCCCCCCGGUUCCUCUCCUCAGAGAUGGAGCCCCUCUUCGUGGAGGAGCUGCGGUCUUCAGUGAACCUGCUGAUGGCCAACCUGGAGAGUCUGCCGGUCUCUAAGGGGGGGCCGGACUUCAAGCAGAAGCUCAAACGCUCCAACAUGAACAACUCCUUCCUGGACAUGGACGAGGGGGACGUCCUGUCCAAGUCCGACGUGGUGCUGUCCUUCACUCUGGAGAUAGUGAUCGUGGAGGUUCUGGGUCUGAAGUCUGUGGCCCCAAACCGCAUCGUGUACUGCACCAUGGAGGUUAGGGGGGGGGAGAAGCUGCAGACGGACCAGGCGGAGGCCUCCAGACCGCAGUGGGGGACUCAGGGAGACUUCACCACCACACACCCCCUUCCCUCCGUCAAAGUGAAGCUGUUCACAGAGAGCACCGGGGUCCUGGCUCUGGAGGACAAGGAGCUGGGCCGGGUGGUGAUGAACCCCACCACCAACAGUCCGAAGCAGGCAGAGUUUCACCGGAUGGUCGUCCCUAAGAGCAGCCAGGACUCAGAGCUGAAGAUCAAGCUGGCCGUCCGCAUGGACAAACCCCCCAACAUGAAGCACAGCGGACACGUGUACGCCGUAGGACAGAGAGUCUGGAAACGCUGGAAAAAACGAUAUUUUGUCCUCGUUCAGGUCAGUCAGUACACAUUCGCCAUGUGCAGCUACAGAGAGAAGAAGGCGGAGCCUCAGGAGCUGAUGCAGCUGGAGGGAUACACUGUGGACUACUGUGACCCCCAGCCAGGUCUUCAGGGAGGGAGGGUCUUCUUUAACGCGGUGAAGGAGGGGGACCUGGUGAUGUUCUCCUGUGAGGACGAUCAGGACCGGAUGUUAUGGAUCCAGGCUCUGUACCGAGCCACCGGGCAGUCCUACAAGCCGGUGCCCCCCCUCCAGAACAAGACCUCCAACUGCAGGGGACCCCAGAAGCCCUCCUCCCCCAUCAGUCUGGACCCCUCUCAGCGGCAGGGGGUCGAGGGUCUGAUCUCCGUCGCUCCGAGCCGCUUCGACCACACCGCCCUCUUCACCGUGUUACAGAAACACACUCUGCAGCACCGCAUGAACGACUCCUUCUCCUGCCUGGGUUGGUUCAGCCCCGGGCAGGUGUUCGUUCUGGAUGAGUACUGCGCCCGGUACGGGGUCCGGGGCUGCCACCGCCACCUGAGCUACCUGAAGGACCUGAUGGAGUACUCUGAGAGCCAGGUGCUGGUGGACCCCACGCUGCUGCACUACAGCUACGCCUUCUGCGCCUCGCACGUCCACGGGAACAGGCCUGAUGGGAUGGGCACGGUGACGCUGGAGGAGAAGGAUCAGUUUGAGGCCGUCAGGAGUCGCCUCAUGGCUCUGCUGGAGAACCAGAUCACUCACUUCAGGUACUGCUUCCCCUUCGGACGACCAGAUGGGGCCCUGAAGGCAACGCUGUCCCUGCAGGAGCGGGUGCUGAUGAAGGACAUCACCACUCCAGUCCCUGCAGAGGAGAUGAAGAAGCUGGUGCAGAAGUGUCUGGAGAACGCAGCUCAGAUCAACUACAGCCAGCUGAUGGAGUACGCUCAGAUCACAGUGGACCCUCAGGCCGCUCCGGAGAAGCGUCUGGAGGACAUGAUGCGCCUCGGAGAGCUCUGUGUGGAGGUCCUGACGCAGAACGAGGAGCACCACGCAGAGGGAAGAGAGGCGUUCUCCUGGUGGCCUCAGCUGAUGUCUGAGCACUCGGAGAGCUUCCUGUCUCUGUUCCGGGUCGAUAUGGACGCAGCUCUUCAGGUCCAGCCCGUGGACUCCUGGGACUCCUUCCCUCUGUUCCAGCUGCUCAACAACUUCCUGCGCUGCGACCUUCACCUGUGCAAUGGCACGUUCCACAAACACCUGCAGGACCUGUUUGUGCCGCUGGUCGUUCGAUACAUCGACCUGAUGGAGUCGUCCAUCGCUCAGUCCAUCCACCGCGGCUUCGAGCAGGAGACCUGGCAGUCCGUCAAGUCGCUCACUAACAAUCUAGCCAGCGUCCCUCUCCCCAAAGUCCCCAGCCUCCCUCUCUCGCUGCCUCAGAUGCCGAGCUUCUCUGCCCCCGCCUGGAUGGGACCGCUGUGUGAGAGCACUAACGGCUCGGCCACCUCGGAGGAUUUGUUCUGGAAGCUGGACGCUCUGCAGUCGUUCGUGCUCGACCUCCAUUGGCCGGAGCCGGAGUUCGCCAAACAUCUGGAGCAGAGGCUGAAGCUGAUGGCCAGCGACAUGAUGGAGGCCUGCGUCAAGAGAACAAAAUCUGCGUUUGAUGCCAAAAUGCAGAAGGCGUGUAAGUCGACGGACUUCAGGGUGCCGCUGUCCGUCUGCACGAUGUUCAACGUGCUGAUGGACGCCAAGAAGCAGUGCUCCAAACUCUGCGUGCUGGACACCGGCCAGGAGCAACAAUACCACUCCAAAAUCGAUGUUCUGAUCGACGAGGCGUUCAAAGACAUGCUUUCCUCCCUGGUCACAAAGUUCGCCGCUGUUUUAGACGGCGUCCUCUCCAAACUCUCCAGAUACGAUGAAGGCACAUUCUUCUCCUCAAUCCUCUCUUUCACAAAACCAGGCAUGGAUCUGGCCGACACCUACAUCACCUUCAUCCGGCAGAACCAGGACAUCCUGCGGGACCGCGUCAACGACGAGCUGUACACCGAGAAGGUGUUCGAGCAAUGGUACAGCAGCUCUGUGAAGUUGGUGUGUGUUUGGCUGGCGGACAGAAUGGACCUGCAGCUGCACGUCUACCAGCUGAAAACACUCAUCAAGAUCGUUAAGAAGACGUACCGUGACUUCCGGCUGCAGGGCGUUCUGGACGUCUCGCUGAACAACAAGAGCUACGAGACCGUCUACAACCGUCUGGCGGUGGAGGAGGCGACCGCCGCGGUGAAGUCUGGAGACGGCCUGCAGGGGAUCAGCAUGAGAGACAGCGACCAGGAGGACGACUGA